AUGCUUUCGACGAUGCACCUCUGCCCAGAAAAGGCAAGCAUGGUUCUCGACGCCACACUGGAGCCCUUGUUACCGGGCUAUGCGAUUCACGACGUCCUACUGUUUGUUGUCCAGCGCUUCCGCCUCGAGGCUUCCCUUACGAUCCCGGAACGAACCACCAAAGCGGAUGAAAUGUUGGACCUGGCGUCUAGGAUCGUCGAGGACAUGCCCCUCCGUCACGUCCCCUUUGGGCAGAGGACAUUCGGUCUUCUAGCGCGCAAGCUUCCCUGCGAGCAGGCCAGUGAACUUUACACCAUUCUUUUGAGAAACGGCUGGAGACCACAUGCCAACACGCUCUUGCACUUCGCAAGCAAUUUUGCAAAUGACCGGGCUCACAAAACAAGCGCAUAUGAGAUUGUCGAGGCGUUGGCUGAUGAUGGCAUGGAUCUCAGCAACGCGAGAUCGGCGAGUGUCAUCACCUCGCUUCUUCACUGCAAAGCGCCACAAGACGGAGGCGAGGACGAAACUCUCCCUUUUUCGCCCACGGAAACUCUCCAGUCCUUAAUCGAGAGAGGCUUCUCACCUAAUGUGAUCAAUGCCACUGCAUUGGUCGAUUCUCUCUGCCAGCAAUCCGAGGUGGAAGAGGCCAUUCGGCUAGCGCUCUUGUUCGCCGAGUGCGGUAUUCAGCUGGACACGAAGACGUGGGUAACUGUGUUUCGAGGCGCUAAGAACAGUUUGAAUGUUGCCAAUGUCAUCAAAGCGCUCGAAGUGGCCAAGGCUGCCAAUGCGCCGUACGUGGACGUGCUUAACAACUUGCUCCAUACCAUCUUCUGUUUUGCUGAUGCAGAGUCGCGCGAGCGGCACCUCCCUCCUCCCUGGACCCUGCCGCUGUUCACGCCUAUGCUGCACAUCUACGCCAAGAAAUUCGAUCUCGAGCCCCUGCAGUGGUGGUUGCCAGAUCUACUCCCUGCAGCACUGGCCCAAAAGUCGCCCUCCCAGGAUCUUGUGGCUCCCGCCCAUGGGCAAGCAUGGGCCUUUCCACAUUCCGUGGUCCCUGUUGUCGACAAAAUUUUCUCUAGCGGCGAACAGUCACGUCUGCAGCCCAACAUGACGACCAUUGCCAUCAUGUUGAGAUCCUACAUCAGAAGCCUGCGAAGUCCGCACGACCUCGUGUCAUCCUACGGCUUUUUCAAGUCGCGGCUUGAAGAGGAAGGGAAGAAGGGCCGCCUGGCGCGGCAGCUCAUCAAGGACCAAGGCAGUCUCAUUCACGAUGCCUUCAUCUUGGCAAUGACCGAGCAUCAACUACUAGCUAGACAGGCUCUGCAAGUUUUUGGCGACAUGCUGAAAGACCACUUAAAGACUGGCUCUGCCAAUGCGCGCAAAGCACGAGUGGAAAACGGGAGGGACGUGUCGACGGCGCCAGUUCAUCCGUGUCCCAGCGUCCUGACCUUUACCAUUCUCCUGCGAGGCUUGAUGAACCGCGGCGAGCACAUCUUGGCUGAACAAGUCGUUCAAUUGAUGGACGAGCUCGGCAUCAAGGCAAACCUCGUGACCUGGAAUACGCUCAUCAAAGGCUACGCUUCGUUGCAGAAUGUCAAGCGAACGGUCGCGACGCUGCAAGACAUGGAAGCAGUGGGGUUUCACUCCGACGCUUUUACCUAUAAGGCCUUUGCGAGACUGCAAAACCAGGCCAAGGCGCUGAAGAUGCUGGAGAGCAUCAUCGACGAGAACAAGCGGACGAUGAUGGGAGAAGGCCCGCACCAGUAA